AUCCGAACCGAAGAGAGCCUCGGUCAGCUGAUUUCUGUAGGCUUUCGUUCAUAUCGCGGCCUACUGUAGUAUUUACCGCCUACCAAUCUUCAAACAUAAAUGGUGCUGGCUUUCUUGAUUCUCUCCUUUUCGGAGAAGGCAUCGGGCGUUAUCCACUCAACCGCCUACAGCCUGAACCGAGCGAGAACGUCCCACAGUGACGAGUCGAACACGGUCCGCAAUGAGCCCGACGAACUUGAAGAAGACUUCCAACGCGGCCCGAGCGAAAUGAAUGAAGAACACAAAGCCCAGAGCGACCUGUUCAAGCGAGUGCACCAGCACGUCGUCGAAGACAUGAAAUCGGCCUUGCACCACACCUCGAUCGCCGGCGCCGAGGCCUCCCUGCACCCUAUCGAAAAGAAAGGCGCGUUCUUUCUGAACGACGCCGACUCUCCAGAAAGCAUAGUAGUGUGGCAUUCGUUCGGAGACUGCUGCUUCGUGCUGAUGUGCGACAGCGACGAAAACGUCUCCCUGGGCGGCCAGAUAUUGAGACAGAUAAUCCACAGUAUCUCGUGCCACGUCGUGUUCGUGACGCCGUCCGAGCUGCUCGCGAAGGCUGGACUGGUGCACGCGAUCGUCAAGCUCUAUCUGCCUGCGGGGAAGCUUCUGUUUGUGAAUCAGAACGUUGUGAAGCAGUAUGAACAGUUGCUGCAGAGAGUGGCCGCGUGAAGGGGAGUUUUUAAGCAUCCGGUUUUAUUUGCCGAGUGACCACUUUAGCUAGGGGAACGUGACAACUCUGAUUAUUCAGGUGCUUUUAUUUUAUUUUUUAUUGUUUAUUGACACCCGACUUUUAAGCGAAAGCGCUGCUACUAAGACACGGACCAAAUACGUUGCCACAUGCUCAUUUGUAAUCGAUAUCAUGCCGAGAAAAUCGGAAGUCUUUCUGGACUUAUGUUAGCUUGAUAUUCUCUAAACUAUGUGUCUUUCUAGUGUAAAUUAUGUCAAAUCAACCAGUGUGUCUAUGACAAGCGCAGCUGCAGCCUGCAGCCCUACGUAUGUUAGAGACUAGGCAAUCACCUUUAGCUGAAACGAAAUGAUUACCUAAAACCGUGUCAGCUGUGCAACAACAAUGUCCAGAAUGCACUAAAUUUGUGAUGAGGUGUCCUGCUGAGUGGAAUAAACUUUCUCUGUGCACAACACGAGCUGCAGAUCUGAUAAGUUCAUGUCACGUGGGUGCUGGGUGCGACUCGCUGAUAUGUCACUUGUACCAAAGGGGUUCCAACAAAAUGAUGCAAGAGCGGUAUGCAACAGUAGAGACACUAUCAUACAUUCAAUAAUUGAGUAUGUUUAUAGCGUACUAAAGUGGUAGCCUCAGCCAACAAUGAAUAGCUGUUUCAUUUCUAAAAAAUCUUAGUAUAAACAAAAAUAAGUUAUUUAAUCUAAAUUCUCAUAUUUGUGACUGCACACUGCUCAGUCGUAGAUGCUCCAAGUGCUCUCACAUGCUGUCUUUCCCAUUUGUGUAUCUGUAGUGCACUGUCUUCCAUGCCCACAGCACUGAAAGGAAGAUGCACAAGAGACACUAACAACCAACAGUGUUGCAGUAACUGUUCAGUGACCAAACUAAAAUGAGACAUACCAUUCUCAGCUUCUACGAAUCUGAGAUAAAAGUUUCACUA